CGGAAACCUGGUGUAUCUGCAACAAGAACAACAUCAAAAUGCUGAAGAUCAUGCGACUACAACUCCAGCACCUUCCUCAAACUUUCACAACUACCAGCGCUGUUGCAGUUUCACGGACAUAGACGACGAGAUCUUCCUGACCAACUACAGCUCCUACACCGGGGAACCCUUGUGCUGGGACGACCUGAACGCCGCGUUGAAGCGGAAGUUCGAAAACUACGUGUAUGGGACGAACGGGGAGGAAAUAAUGGAAGCCAAGUAUUCACGGAAAAACGUGCUCCUGGGACCACAAAGACAAAAAUUAGAAUGCUUUAAUUAUACAUGGGCUAGCCCUAGCUCCUAUUGCUAAUUAAUACUACCAGUGGCAUCAUCGUCAUUCAACGGGCCUAAUGCUGCCAUUGAAAUGAAGACGAAAAGUUUUUAAUUUUAUGUCCUGUCACAUCGGUUAUGGUUAACACGACAGACUGUCUGGCGGAUUGGUUGUGACCUUCAUUGGAUCUUUGUGGUUCAUCACUUGUUUUCGUUGAAUGCCGGGGUGGAAGUAGAGCUAGAGCAUCACCAUCACGGAGAAAAAGCAAAAGGAGGGCCGUUGGAUAUCGAGGCCGAAGAGCUAGCCUGGAUCCUUGGCGAUGACCAGGAGCGGCCUGUGGAGGCAAUAGCAGAGGAACUGGUGGUAUCAAAUGCAAAAAUGUCUGGGUCUGGAAGGUUGGAACUUGUAUGUAAUGCUAACUUUGGACGCGGCUAAAAAAAUCUUUAUGUAUUGCAUGACCAGCAACAGCAAGAGGAGUCUAGUUUGUGCUACGCUGGGAAGGCAUUUGUGAUGCGGAGUAGGCAUCAGGAAGCCCUCUAAAAAUCUGUGAUGCUAGGUCGUGCAUUACAGACAUCCCGGGCAAUGCAAAAUAUGCAAAGAACCCCGGCAACAUUCCAGACCCAGGCACUUUUGCACUUGAUAGGUGGGCUCGCAGUCGACCAUCUUCCAACCCGCUGGAGGGGACGAUGAAAACGAAAAUAACGGGGGGAAAACCCCACCAGCAAGCGCCGCGCGCGUGUUCCGCAAGGACCAGUUUUUGAAGUUGGCACAUCACUGGAAAUGGUUGGAAAAACGGUUGGGAACCGCGGAUGAACUUCCGUUCGAGAAAAAGCCUAAGCUGACCGCGAACUCCGUCCUCCGAGAGCUGCUGAAGUCGACGUCAGAUCGAAUCCCGUUGGAAAGGAAGAAUCCCCACGGACUGCCCGCCGUUUUCAGCUACGAUUUCUGCUGCCGGCGGGUGAAACGCACGAAAUUGCCCUUUUUCGUCGUGGGAAACGAGAUAAAAACUCUGCCAGAGAAGGAGAACAACACAACCAUUACGGGAAGUAGUGGCUAUAAACAAUCUGAACAUGGACCAGAAAGUAGAACUACGCAGGAAGAUAUUCUGUCCAACAUUAACUUCUGGAAUCGAAUGUUCGAAAAGAACACGAACCGUUUCGAUUUUCCGGAGAAAACAGAGCGGUUGCUGACAGCAAUAGGAAACUUCGGAAAUAAAGUAGACAUGGAUGUUCUUUCCUCUGGGCGAGGCUUCCGCCACAAAGUAGAACAGAAAAAUGGAAACGUUAACGCUGCACAAGAACUGAGCGCGGAGGACUCAUCAUCUUCACAAGUGAAAGUGUCAGCACCAACGGUCGUCAACAUGUGGUCAAAGAACGAAAUUGUGCGACACCGGCUGUUCCUACGUACGACUGCCCCGAGCAUCUACGAGAAGAGACUUCGGAUCGUGGUCACCAUUUCCACAGUGCCGACGAGACUCGAGCUAUCGUGAGGAAAAAUCCCCCCUCCCCAUAUCGAAACGAAGUUUCUGAUGCUGGAUUUCCGUACACAAAUCAGAUUUGUCUUGCAGUAGAGGACUGCAGGCAUGUGUCAAGCCUCAGCCGCGAGGUUUUGACGUAGGCGCCUAGCAUGCCAAACGUGUGUGCUUUAAGUCCAACAGCAUCACAAACCGCCUGAAAGAUGCGGGGCGCUCUCUGGACUUGCCUCCUUGCAAGACAGACAGGAUUUGAGGUCACAAAUGCGCAUCACAAAUUUUCAGACCGAUACGCUUUCAAUAUGGGGAGGGGGGAUUUUUCCUUACGAUACGAGCAGGUGAAGCCCGCCCUGAUCUCGUGGUUACGGCAGACCUACCCCUAUCAAAUGUAAAAAUGUCUGGGUCUGGCAGAAUGCAACUUGUCAUGCUAUAUCUGAAGCAUGCAAAAAUCUGUGUUGCAUGAUUACCAAAAGUCGUCCAGUUUUGACCAAGUCGCGAGGGAGUUUCUCAUGCAGGAUAGGCAUGAGAGAGAUCGCACAGAAUCUGUCAUGCUAGGUCCUGCAUUCCAGACCUCAUGGGUCAUGCAAAAGCUGCAUGACAAAUCGCGCAUUCUUCCAGACCCAGACAGUUUUACAUUUGAUAACCCCAUCGAUCAGCUGUACCUGUUUCUCCCCACCCGGUUCGGUCGGGACGCCGUGCGGUACCGCAUUCCAGACUGGCUCCACGAGCUGCAGGAGGAGCAUAAACAAGUGCUGGUGCACUUCUGCCAGGAGUUUUUCGCCGCUACGGCGGUGCUGUGCGUGACCGACAAGGAGCAGGACCCGCAGACCAAAAUUCUGCACGCCAUGGACGAUUCCAUCGUGCACCCGUGGCUGGUCGAGCGGAUGCUGCGUGUCAGUCUCCUGCACCCACAGGCGAGCGGGGCGGUCGUCACCACCUACGCAGUCCACCAGUACUACCACCCCUACUGGUACGGAUGCGUUGCGGGCUACUACUGCCUCCAUGAGCGCAGACAUUUAGAUCACCGGCUUUUCGACGUUGACGGACUCCUACCCUUUCGAGCGAAGGGAGUGGUUGUAGACGGAGGAAGUGCCUCUGGUGCUUCCAGUGCCGCGGGAGAAAGAACUAGUAACGCCGCUAAAAAGGAGAGCCACAGCGUCGAGAGGACCGCCACACAACUGUGGAAGAACCAAGCGGCUGUGAUCAGGGGUUGCAAAGCAAACGGCGAUGAUGCGCUGGUGCAGUCUUUUUUGCGUGCAAACGCAGUUCCGUACGUUGAGCUGCACACAGAAUUGGAGGCGGAGCUAAACGAAAUCGAGACGGCAGUGAUAGCGAAAUUACAACAUUCUGUGUUCGAAGAUCAUAUCACGAACUCCGAGUGGUUCAAAACUAGAAAUACGCAGCAGAAGUUGGGCCACAACUACAAUAAAGAACUGCUGCAAGAAGAUGAACCGCCACGACCCAUGGAGAGCCAGGUGCUGUCUUUUCAAAAGGCGAAGCCCGGGCAGAUGAAUUUGCAGCUGGAUUUCGCGCGGCGCCCUGAUUCCGGCGGGGAGGGCGGCCAGAGCCUGCAGGAUUUAAACAACAAGAAACUCCAGCGCAGCCGCAGACUGUGCAUGCAACAGGACGAAAGCAGCUACUAUGGGGAAAAAAUAGCUGCGGAAAAAGUGCCGCCCAACUACUUCUGUGUCCUCCACUGCUGGCAAGCGCUGGGGAUCUCGGACGCCCUUGUGCGCGGCGGAGCAGAAGAUCAGGGAAAUAUUAAGGGCAUGAUCAAGCUUCCAGCGCCGUUUCCUGGUGACGUAUUCGUUGGCCGGCCGCCGGAAGACCGCGUCUGGCCAGAGCUGGACAUGCAUGCACGGCAGCAGGAGCAGGACGGGGUGAUGGAGUGGGUCGUAGACGUCGGCACCAGCGAGGUCAUCAACAAGGCAGCGAGUUUUUCCCCAGCUACGCUCCCCAUCAAGGGUGGAGCCGAACGCAUGGGCCGGUUUUUGUCGAGUUUGAAGCUGCUAGAUGACGAGUUUGCGCGAACGUACCGGUUUGGCAUGGCGUUUCACGAGCGCCACCGCGACCGCCUCUACCCUAAUGUGGUGCGGCUGGUGCUGUUGGUGGAUGGGUGUCAUAGCAGAUUCACCCCCUCGCUGCUCGACUUCCUGACCAGCCAGGAAACUCGCGGGCCGCAUCUGGUCUACAUACGAUUUUGCGACACCACGCCACCGGAAGAGGAAGAGAUGUUGAUGGGAGUACUAGAGGGCUCAUCUGGCGGCACCACGACGACUCAACAAGUCAUCUCGAAAGACGUGGCUCCUGAACAAAUGAAAGUAGAGGUCCGCAAUCGGCUGGCCAAGAUUGCUGCUGCUGUGCACGACGUUAUCGACGAGGGUGAGAAUCGAUUCAUUGGACAAAUGCAAUACCGCAAGGCGUAUUUGCCCACCAACAUGGAGCUCCUUCGUUUCGAGUCCUGGUACGCGACCGGUGCGGAGACGCGCCGGUUGCGCCCCUGGCUGCAACAGGACUGGCGUGAAAACUACAGUGUUUGGACAACAGAUACAGAGACCACUUCGGAGGGCGGCCAAGAUGAGGAUUUACCGGAAGAAAAAAAGCGCCAUAAAAAUCGGACAACCAGCGUGCUUUUUGAUACCCCGAUACAGCUGAUUCGUGCCAUAUCUAUGCGAGAAGCCAUGCAGGUGGUGCUCCAGCUGGAGACCACUUUUAAUACUGUCAUUGCAGCUUGGGUACAUCAUCGAACCCCAAAAGAUGAACCAGCGACGGGCGAAAGUGCUGACAACGGCGAGUCCUCAGAAGGGCAGAACUUGCUAAGUGCAAGAACUUUUUGGAAGGACCUUGCGGCCGAUCCUGAUUGCGAUCUGGGGUACGGAAGUAGACCUUGCAAAGUCAAGACCACUUCAGCAGGAGGUAGUACUAGGAGUCGACGUAAGAACGAGAAGCAGGUCAAGCAGGAUAGAAGAUAUUUUCCUGCCAAUCUUGUUUUUGGCAAGCGAAGAUAUUGGCGAACCCUCUUGGAAAAAGAGUAUCCAUUUUCUCCUUCCCAAGAAGAAGACACAUGGUGGGAUGAAAUGCUGCAACAUUGACGGGGGUGAAGAAGAACGUAAGUACUUUCUACAGCAUCAAGCGAAAACGGUACUAUGCACAU